GCAUCAUCAUGCCUGAACCAGCAAAGUCCGCUCCUAAGAAGGGAUCCAAGAAGGCCGUCACCAAGACCGCCGGUAAGGGAGGAAAGAAGCGCAGAAAGUCCAGGAAGGAGAGCUACGCCAUCUACGUCUACAAAGUGCUGAAGCAGGUCCACCCUGACACCGGCAUCUCCUCGAAAGCGAUGGGUAUCAUGAACUCUUUCGUCAACGACAUCUUUGAGCGCAUUGCCGGUGAGUCGUCUCGCCUCGCGCACUACAACAAGCGCUCCACCAUCACUUCCAGAGAGAUCCAGACCGCCGUGCGUCUGUUGCUGCCCGGAGAGCUGGCCAAACACGCCGUGUCCGAGGGCACAAAGGCCGUCACCAAAUACACCAGCUCAAAGUGAGGCGUGCCCGACUUCAACUACCCCAAAGGCUCUUUUAAGAGCCACCCAUCUUCUCAGAGAAGGAGCUUUUGUUUUAUAAAAUACAGUCUUGAAUUUAAGCGCACGUUUCAUAACCGUGAUCCAUCUCUUUCAAUCUGUGGUU